GCUUUGUGCUGGGAAUGGUGUGGCAUUUCAGCUUCUUUUCUACCCUGGGUUUGGGAGCAGCUGCCCAUCCAUGGAGUUUUGGGACCACGGAAUCUGCCCUUCAGUAACUGGCAUUUGUUACUAAAACUGCCAGCAAGAGGAGGACUGACCCGCAGCUCCUUGCCCAGUUCUACUAUGCAGAUGAAGAACUAAAUCAAGUAGCAGCUGAACUGGACUGUUUGGAUGGAAGAAAAGACCCACAAAGAUGCACAUUGCUAGUCAACCAAUUCCGCUCUUGUCAGGAUAAUGUUUUAAACAUCGUAAAUCAAAUCAUGGAUGAAUGCAUUCCACAUGAACGGGCCAACCGGGACUUCUGUGUUAAAUUUCCAGAAGAAAUACGCCAUGACAACCUUGCAGGGCAGCUUUGGUUUGGCGCAGAGUGCUUGGCUGCUGGUUCUAUUAUUAUGAAUCGUGAAAUUGAGAGCAUGGCUAUGAGACCAUUGGCCAAGGAUCUGACCCGCAGCCUGGAGGAAGUUAGGAACAUUAUUCGCGACCAGGCCUUAAGGGAUUUGAAUCUUUACACAGAAAAAAUGAAAGAGUCGCUUAAACAUUUUGAUGUCCUUUUUGCUGAAUUUGAGUUAAGUUAUGUAUCAGCCAUGGUACCUGUAAAGUCUCCAAAAGAGUAUUAUGUACAGCAAGAGGUAAUCGUGCUUUUUUGUGAAACAGUAGAGAGAGCUUUAAAGCUUGGAUACCUCACUCAAGAUAUGAUUGAUGACUAUGAACCAGCAUUAAUGUUUACCAUCCCAAGAUUAGCCAUUGUGUGUGGGCUUGUAGUUUAUUCUGAAGGACCAUUGAACUUGGACCGCAAGCCAGAAGAUAUGUCUGAGCUUUUCAGACCCUUCCAUACUUUGCUAAGGAAAAUAAGGGAUCUGCUUCAGACCUUAACUGAUGAUGAGCUGCACACACUGGAACGUAACCUCUGUAUAUCCCAGGAUGUGGAUUUUCCUGUCAGAACAGAUCCUGAAGUGCCCACUGUCAGUACAACUGCCUUGGCUGCAACUUUGCCUGCUGAGGAGCUUUCAGCAAAUGCUGAAAACACAGAGGCUGAGCUAGCCUGCUCCAUGCAGUAUGAUGAACAGGAAUUGGAACAGCUGAAUAGGAUGGUUCACAGAGUUGGAGAUGAGAUGUCUUCCCUGCUUUCCCCACCAAGUAUCUGCCAGUCUCCAGCACAUAGACCUGGCAUAAGAAAUGGCUCCAGCACAGAGACCUCACCUAACAGGCAACAUCUUGACAACUUAAUUGAUGAAGAUGAGAGAGUGUUUUUUAUGGAUGAUCUGGAUGGAGCAGGAGAAGCUCUUGCUGGGUUGGAUUCAGCCAAUGACACAUUUGCAUGGGUGAAUAACCCUUGCCACAAUUCAAAGCAGAGUGUGCAGCACAGGGACCCUCUAGUGUAUGACAAUGGUCAUCAAACAGAAGAGACUUUACUUUUAAGAGAGGCAGAAAGCGAUUUAAGCAAUAAUAACAAUAUUGAAGAUGGCAAACAGAUUACUUGUAUCUCAAUUCAAAAUUCGUGCAGUUGUUUAGAAGGUCCUGAUUCACAGUUAUACCUCAAUGGCUGGGAUACAUAUGCUGAUGCAGAGACAGCAGAAAUGAUAGCCCAUAGGACGGGUGGAAUGAAGAUAUCUGCUACUGUAAUAUUUAAUCCCAAAUCUCCCUCUACUUCAGAAUCCCCAGUAACAACACCAGAAGUAGCUAUCAGUUGUGUUCCUGGGUCUUCUGAUUCUUUAGCUGAUGAAGAGGAGAGUGAAUCCCAUAAACUCAGCAUAGCUGCCACAAAUUGUCUAAUUAAUUCCUGUGUGUGUUGUGGCAGCUGUGAAGACAGUAGGGAGGAUAAUAUUGACGGUUUAAAGACCAGACAUUCCCCAGGAAAAGUUAUAAAUGCUUCUUAUAGUUUAGUAAAAUCUAAAGAAAAGGACCAUAUAGAUAAACUGGAUAGUGCAGUCUCUGCACAGGAGGCAUUAAAAACUGAAACGUCUCCUGCUUUGCUAGCAGAAAGAGAUUCUGGCAGAGAAGAACAGAAACUGUCUAACUCCUCUAAGUGCCUGGCACAUUCCUCAGGUUCACAGCUGGGAGCAGAAAAUGGAUCACAAGUAGAGGUGGAAAUCUCAAAUCAGCAAAAGAAAUGGGAGAAAAGAAGGCAGCCAAGUCAAAAGCAAUCAGAGAACAAUGAAGAAAGUAGUAGUGAAAGAAUAGCAAAGGAUGACAUUAAAUCAAGAUCUAGUUCAAGGAUUAUUGUAUUUAGCGUGUCCAGGUAACAUAGGACCUUACCCCACACAUUUAUUUUGCAAAUACCCAGCUAAGCCAGCUGCUCUGAACUUCUUGAUCCAGCAGAGUUGAUUGGUAAGUCAUCAUUCAAUCACAUUUGAUAUACCAUUAAAAAUUCUUCUGUUGUACAUAAUCAGAUUUGUCUUUUUGACAUGUCUUUACUUUGUUUUUUGUAGGUAACAGCAGAUAGUCAACUUCCAGUCUGACAUAUAUUUCUCUCUUUUUCCCUAUUUCCCUGUAAGUAUGUUGAAGAAAUGAAACAUGCACAACAUUAAAUGAUUGACAGGCAGCAGCAUUAGUAUUAUGCAGAUAUAACUUUAGUGCUUGUAAAGAUCUGGUGAACCUGUGAUUUGAUGCAAAGACAGCAAAUAUGAAGUACAAGCUUUUGUGUCACACAAAGUAGAAACCCCUGAAGGAAGAAAUAGCAGAAUAGCUACAGAAUACAGAAUAGCAGAUCAACAAUAAGUGAAAAGACUAUAAUAGAAUUAUGCAACAAAGAAAUGUUUUAGGGAAAGAAAGGCAUGAGAGUUACUGAAGAAGGAGUGUUUAGAUCUGUAUUUCAUGUUUUUCAAACUGUGAAUAAGUUAGAAUAAGUAAAAUGCUGAAUCUGACUAUCACAAUACUCUCCCCUUUAUGAAGAGGUAUACAUGGUGGAAGACAUUCUUUAGUUUUGGAGUUGGAAGAAUCAUUGAAAAACUGGAUUAUUCUUCCACAUGUCAAAUAAGGCUUUGGUAAUUUGUUCCAUUUUGUUAUGCAUUGCUAGCUUUUUUGCAUUUUAGGUUUCAUAUGCCUGGUUUCACUGUGCCAUAAUGUUAUCUUUUUAUUGAGUUUGUAACAUCUAAAUUAGAAUUCUUAAGUAUUUUCUCUCUACUUUUUCUUCCAGGUUGAUUCUGUCUAACUUAAAAUACAGAAUUUUCACCAGAAUCCCUUAAUUUUAUUAAUUUAUUGCAAGUAUUUAGAGUGUGUGCACUAAUAAGACUUCUCAUGUAUAGCUGUUUUUCAUAGUAUAUAUAAGAACUGAGCUGUGCUUAGUAGUGAGAAAAACAUUGCUAUUAUUUCCUCUCACUUUCUAUGAGCUGUAAUAGUGUAUCUUUCAUUAGCUGUUAUAGUUGGAUGCUCAUGCUGUUCAAAUUUGGUUAGCAGAAGUUUAAUGAACAGAGUGAUUUUUCCCAAGUAGAAAGGAUGAUGCAUCUGGGCAAAUUGCCUGUGCAAAGCAUAUUUCUGUGCUGUCCCUAAUUACUGACUGCAACCCUACAUUAAGAUUCUUAAUUUAACCUUCCCCAGCCUGGCACUCAAGUUGUUCCACUUCUUGUUGCUGUAAUUUCUUAGCCUUACAACUGUGCAGUUAUGAAUUUUUAAAGCUCCAUUCCCCAAUAUAUUGUUCAGAACUCUUCAUAAAAAGAUGAACGGCUGUUUCACCUACAAAACUAGGUUUCUAUUUUGGUAUUUCUAUUCUUACAUGUAAUACGUUACAACAUUUAGUCAUAUGUAAAUUGUGAAGUAAAUGGAGGUUUUCAGUAAAACAGCCUUAGUCUUGUAUUUAAUUGUUGGCUCUUGACAAAAAUGUGAAUAUGCUAUAGUCAUUUGUACCUGUAUAAAUGAAUAGAAAUCAAGGAUUCUGAUAAAUUCGGUUUUAAAAUGUAACUUCUGCUGGCUGUUGGAUUUAAGGAAAUUGUGCCUUGUGUUCAUAUGAUAGCAAGAUGCCUUUCCCAUGAGUGAAAUGCAGCUGGGUGUUGAUAAACUGUGUAUUUAAAUGAAAACUUGUCUCUAUAAUCAGUUUGUAAUUAUUCUAAUCCUUAACCUGCCAUCUAAGAGUAGGGAAACUGUCUCUUGUCAAUAUAGUUAUUAGGGAAAGAGUGGUUGAUUGGGAAAAUAACAGCAACUGUCCACAUGGGUGAGCUUUUCUUUAGUGAUUCCCUAACCUUCUGUUGAACACCCCAUUGAAAUUUCUCUGUUCCUCUUACAAUCAUUUGUUUGUAUUAUAGAAUCCUGCAUCUAUAUGUAGGUCAGAUUCAGACUUUGGGCUUGUCUCCACUUACCAGGGGAUUGAUGCACAGUGAUCGAUCCAUCGGGGUCAAUUUAGCCGACCUCAUGAAGACCCACUAAAUCGACCACCGAUUGCUCUCCCAUUGACUCUGGUACUCCACCAGAAUGAGAGGCAUAAGAUAAGUUGACAUGAGACCCAGCUCAGUGUAGACACCGCAAUAAGUCGACCUAAGGUACGUCGACUCUAGCUACAUUAUUCACGGAGCAGGAGUUGCGUAACUUAGGUCGAUGUAGCCCCGUAGUGUAGACCUGCCCUUUGCAUAAGUAAGUACAACCAAGACUGAAUUUGGCCCUGAAUCUUUUCUGCAAGAUGUUUCACAGCACUAGGUUCAAAUUAGAUAUUACAAUGUUUGACUUCACACGUUGAACAUCAUGAUUGUGCACAGUAACUAAGAAUGUUACUUCAGUUAUCAUCCAGCCUUGGGAUGAAAUGAAAAUGUCAGUGUAUUGUACCAGCAAGCCAUUUAUCAGUAAAAGCAACCUCCACUAAAUCUCAAUUUUCACUAUAAUAAAAAAAUCUGGUUAAAAAAAACCUAAGCUUUAAAAGCCAUUCAUCUGAUUAAGUUUAAUAUAGUUGACACAAGAGAUUUAAAAGAGUUAGCUUGUUGGUGAUGUACACUUAGAAUGUAAAAUUAGCUGACAUUACAUAGAUAAUCUAUGAAUGAAAUUAAUAAUGUUUUAUGAAAUAAGAAAUUAUUAAAUGAAACCUAAGAUACUGGAUGCACAUCCCAGGGAAUGGAGUGGAAACUGGCCAAAAAUUGUUAAAACUAAUGAAAACAAGCAUCAAACACACAUUUGUUUUGUUGCAGAAAAUAGCCAGACCCUCAAAAAUUGUUCACAGGUUCAAAACUGCAUCUGAACCAAUACUGGUUGACAUGUCUACUUGUAUCACACCAUAGGAAAGCACUAAUUAGGGUGACAUCACCAUUGUCCGACCUUUGGGCUGUAUCUAUUUAAUAUUACUUUGGGAUGUAUCUAUUAUUUAUUUAUUACUUUGUCUCACUGAUAAUUACUGUUCACUUGCUGGAAAAUCACAGACACAGCACAUAGUAAGCAAUCCUUAUUAGCCAGAAUCAAGUAUUCGGGUUUUUGUUUUUUUAAGAUUGCCUUUUGGGUCACAGACAUGUUGCCAAAAGACAGAUAUGUCCUGGCUGACUAAAUUGGAUUCUUUUUUCUUUUUUUUUAAAGAAAAACAUUCUAAUAAAAGAGGUAGGAGGAACAGGAUAGGAUAGAAAAUUAACACACUUCAGCGUAAUAAAAUAAAUUUUAGAUGUACAUCCCAGGAAUUGUUGAGGACGCAGCUAUGGAAGAUGUGGUAUCAUUGGGCUCCUUCUCCUUGUUUAGUCUGGUCAGAACAAUUUUCAGGAUGUGGAAAACAGAAUCCUGAUGGUGUGAUGGUAAAUCUAUCAAUCUAAGAUACCUAUAUGGGCCCCAUCACCAUAGUAUCUGAGUGCUUCACAGUCUUUUCAUGUGUUCAUCCUUGUGCCUCCCCUGUCAUGUAGGGAAGUACUUUUAUGCCCAGUUUGCAGAUGGGGAACUGAAGCACAAAGUAUUGUCCUGGGUGGUCACACAGGAGUCUGCUAGAGCAGGGAACUGAACUCUGGUUUCACAAGUCCUAGGCUAGUGUCCUAACCACUGGAUGAGAUUUAAUCUUAGGUCCAAGGUGGCAACCGACAUGAGAGUUAUAAUAGCUAAUGUUCCCUGUAUGUAUAGGCUCACUGCCUUGCAUUUUUAUUAUCCCCAUGCAUAAGCUAGUUCUCAAGUGCUCCCCAGAAAUGUAAUGCCCAAGAAGAGGUGGAAAUUGUAUUCCAUCAAAACAAAUAUCUACUGGUCCCAUAUAGACAUAUUUCCUUUCAUCUUAACUUUGGGUUGCUAAAACAAUUCUGUAACCUUAUUAGAAACUUUGAAAACCCUCAUUGGUUCUUUCAUUUUAAAUGCACUGGUCAUUUUGGCUCUGAUCCAUAAUUUCAUAAACAAUUUUAUCUAACGUGUUCAUAGGUUGAGAUGAAGUUUUAUCCACCUUUCACCCACUAUUUUGGGUUUAGCAAGGAGUCCCACAAACCUAGCAAGGCCCAAAUUGGUGUGGCAUGUCUUUUCAUUACCAAGAAAAAAAUGCAGUUUAAAAAAAAGCACAAUUCAUAUAAGGCAUGGGUGGGUGAUGGGAAGGAUUAAUGUUUUGUGUUUCCAAUACUGAUUACACGAACACCUAUUGUGAAAUAUGCCUGUCCAUGCAUGCAUCAUCUGCAUAGAACUGUGCUAAUGAACACAUGCAGCUAGCGAGCACUGGUUGACUACAGGAAACAUGAGGCAGGAAAUGCAGGUCAAUUGACCUCAGGAUCCCACGGUAUCCCUGGAACUCCUGAGUAGGUCUCUAAGGGUGCGCUAAUGAGAACAGAAGAGAACUGUAUAAAGGGGAAUCUUGAUUUCAUGCACAUUAAGUAGGUUUUAUCAAACAUAAGGUUACAGAGUUAAUAUAACAGAAAUUGCAGCGAGCAAACGAAGUGUCCAAAAAAGUGAAUAAAGAUGUUUUCUCUAUCAGUUAGUUAUUGUAACAUCAGGAAAUUGUUUGUAAAGGCACCCAUAAUUAUUGCAGUUCCAUUGCACUGGGCCCUGUACAAACACAGAGUUUCUUGUUGUGAAGAGCUUACAAUCUAAAUAAUCAAUCAAAAAGAAAUACUACGAUUUCUGGUAGGCAUUUUCACUUUAUAUUGGUACAGAGAAGCGAGACACUUUUAAAAAUGUGUAUACGUUAUUUUUUUCUAAUAGUUAAGCCUGCCUUUGAUAUAUUACACUCUCUUUAACUUUAAUGGAAUCUUUCAUACAAUGCAUAUCCUCAAACACUUUAACACUUUACAGAAUAAAAAAUGAGAUAACAGACAAUAUCUGAGUUUAAGUAUGGAAAACAGUGGAGGGAAGGCAUUGUCUAAUGUUUAUAGUCAUAAAAAGAGUAACAAAAAUUAGUAUAUAAAGAAGGGAGAUAGGCAUAAGCAAGAGAUUAGUGGAUCAGGUUUGAACUGAGAUGGAGCAUUAGUAAGGCAGGAAGACCCAGAAGGGCUGUUCCAGAUGGCAGGAGCUGGAAAGGGAAAGAUAUUCCUGUACUGACUAGUUUCUGAGGAGGAGGGUGUAAGAUGAGGAGAGGAAAUGGGGAGGAGAGUAGUAAAAGAUGAUACAAAGUAGGCUGAAACAAAUCCAUGGAGAUCAUUUUUUUAAAAAGGGCAGGGAUCAAAUCCUCAGCUGGUAUAAAUUGGUAUCACUCCAUUUAUAUCAAUGGAUCUAUGCCAAUUUGUACCAGCUGAGGCUCUGUGCCAAAGAUUCAUAGAUGAUUCAAAGAUUCACAGGUUGUAUAACCAGAAAGAACCACUGUGAUCAGCUAGUCUGGCUGGAUGGUAAUUCUCAGCUUCUGAAUGAGAAACAAAUGGAGAUGUUUGUGGCUGGCAGUGAUCAGGCAGUGCUUCUUGAUAUUUAUGAGAAAACCAUGAGGCUGCAACUUUCUCUUCAGAUACAGGAGUCUUGAAAAGCUAGGAUUUGGGGAAGUCCUAGGAGAGGGAGUUGCUAUAAUUAAGAUGUGAGAGG